UGUGCGGGAGUCGGGACUCUGAUCACAACGGUAGUGUUUGAGGUUGAAGACCCGAUCCCUUCUCUACAUGCUUGAACCUAACCUGAUUCUGGAACCAUUGGGCGGAAGUGAAUUUUUCUCUGAACGGCCUUGCUUCCCCAGCGCGCUGUAGAUGCCACGGGAAGUUGCUGUUUGUGAACCUCGAAUUUCUCAUUCGGCGCGUGGUGGGUGCUCGUGGGUAGCCAUCACUAAGGGGCUUCUGAUGGCAGGGAUAAGUUUUGUUCAGAUCUAUGGCGAUUGGAAUGUUUGAGGAGAAAGAGUUGGAACGUAGCAGGGUCGAAUUUUUCUUCUGAAUCGUAGAGUUGGUAGCACAAAGGACGAAUUUAACUCAUUGAGCAGAUCAGGAUUUUUGUUUUCGAUAGCUUUUAGUGUCUGUGGGUGUUUCGUGUCUUCGUUUUUGCUGUUCUGGUUACUCCAAUGAUCGUCCCAGCGUCGUAUGUUUACUUCAGAAACGCUGUACAGAUGUUCAUCUGCUUUAAACCGACCUGACCAAAUAAAUUUCUAGUUGUCUUUUGUCAUUGAAAAUCUUCAAGUACCCUCUCUCUCUCAAGAUCGAUUUUCUAUUUGGUGGACAAACCCAGUUUUCUGGUUUCUGCGAAGCUUUGUUGGUAAGCAAAGGAAAAGAAAGAGGAAUCUUCGAAAGGAGCCGCCGGAUCGGCCCUUUCCUUUUUCAGCUUAAACCCGAAGCGAGAGAGGAGCAAUUCUUGGGAAGAUCGCUGUAAUGAAAAAGAACAAACAGCAACGAAGCGAAGCUUUCUUGAUUGAAGGGGAACGAACAACUGGAGUUGGUUGGAUUCGGCUACUUUUCUCGAGAUCAGUGAAAAGAGCGAUCCAGACACAGGACAGGAGGUAAUCCUCCCAAAAGGAGGACGGAAAAGGAGAAGGGAAGAAACAAGAACGCAAGCGCGACGAUGGACGACCGCAGCGGCGGUCGGAAUGACGACGUUGUGGACCAUCCGCGCAGGGAUAUGAUGGUCGAGGAGUCGUGCACACUGAUACAACGCAGCAGCAGUCCGCACUACGAAUCCAGGUCGGGAGGCGCUCUGAGUGCCUGCGUUGGUGGUGACGGCGGCUCCCUAAUCCGGCAUGCCUUCAAUCUGGAUCAACAACGAUUUGAGUCGAUGGGCGCCUUGGAGAUCUUGAGAGAAACGAUCAGGAUCCUUCGUCAGGACAGCACCCGCUUCUUGGCCAUAGCGGCGGUGCUCCUCUGCCCCGUCUCCGCCGUCAUACUCUCGCACGCAUUCGUCAGCCGAUCCCUCGUCAGGAGGCUCUCUUUGCAGCUCUUGUUGGUUGUUCAAUUAAGCGGGCUUCCCUCCGGCCUUUUCUUAAAAGAUUCUUGUCUUCGCGUGUCCGAGAUGAUCCUCUCCGCCAUCUUCUGCUCGCCGUUGUUCAUGACUCUCUCAGUCUUGGCCAAGGCAGCCAUUUUUUAUUCCGUUGCCUGCGCCUAUGCUGGAACAGAGCUCUCGAUCGCGAAGCUCGUGGCUGCCGCCGCUAAGAUUUGGAGGAGAUUGGCCUUAAUCUACUUGUGGAUCUCUUUGGUCAUUCUCACUGUCGUCGCUCUCUUCGUUGUUCUACUCACGACCGCCUGCAAUACUUUUAUGAUCUUCGGAGCACCUGCGGAUCUGAUCAAGUAUGCCGCCUUGGCUCUUACAGUUGUCUUUUUUGUGGCCUUCGCGCACACCAUCAUUAUCUGUAAUUUGGCAACGGUGGUCUCUGUCUUGGAGAAUUCCUCCGGUCCGCAAACCUUGCUUCGUUCCCUCUUCUUGAUUAAAGAGCAGAGGCAAGUUGGUCUUUUGAUAUUUCUUGGUUCGACAGCCGGCCUGGCUUUUGUGGAGGGUCUUUUUGAGUAUAGGGUGAAGACUCUGAGCUAUGGUGACGGAACCUCCAGGAUAUGGGAAGGUCCUCUGUUGGUGAUCAUGUACAGUUUUUUGCUUCUUAUAGACUCAAUGAUGAGUGCAGUUUUCUACUUCACCUGUAGGUCUUCUUGUUUGGAGACUAUGGGUGGCAUUUCCCAAGAAGCAUCCCCAAAAUUUUCUGGAUUAGCACCUGCCCAAUGAGUUUGCAGUAUCCACAUUGUAGCUCUUUUUUCCUCUGGAAUCAAAGACUGUACAACGACUCCAUGAAGCUCUUACUUAUUACCCGUUGGAGCCAUUUCAUUUUUUCCCAUCAUGAAUAAGUAAAAAGUUUCACUACCUACUCUGUCAGCUAUACGAUUCAUCGCUUCUUUCAGCAGCAAAAACAAAGAGAGCACAUCCCAAAAAUGUGCAUGAAUCAGGAGAUCGGCACACAUAUCCACAUCAGUAGAAACAUCCCUGGGAUUGUCAUUUCUUUCACUAUUCGCCUAUCUCUAUUGUGACUGCUGCAAGAUUCAUAUGAGUUUGAUUUCUAUGAGGUUGCUACUAACGCUGCCACAGUCUUGUAUGUAGAGCCUUUUGAUGGCCCUCUUAAAUCAAAGUAUGUCAUGUUGUUUCACCAGAUAUGACCAUCAUUUUUUAUGUCACUAAUUGCAUUUUAUCUACUGUAAAUUCUAAGGUUCUAGUGAGAAAUGGAAGCUAGAUUCCAUUGCUUC